UGGAGAGUUGGCAAUUCAGUGAAGAGUUUCAUAUUAAUAAGUAGGGAUGUAGUUUAAAUUAGAAUUAUUUUCAGUAUUCCUUCUCAAAGAGGAAUAGUAGAAUGCACUUAUGAUGGGAAAAAUUGUAUUUUCAUCAGACGGACUAAGAUAAAUAAUAUAAAUACGAAACUUCACAAUGAAGGUGAUAUCCUCAUUCUAGUAAUACAACAAUCUGAGAUUUUCCAGUUGGCACAACAGUUAUCGAGGUUCAAGCAUGCGCAAAUACUUAUUCUUAAUCAAAUGUCGCUGGAUUUAUUACCAAUGUGCAUUUGUUCAUUUAGCCAUCUUACAUUGUUGGAUAUUUCAAACAAUUAUUUGAGGAGUUUACCCCCGGAUAUCGUUCAAUUAACAUCACUUAUCAUGCUGAAUGUUUCAAAGAAUCAACUAGUGGAUAUCACUGUUAUAUGCGAAUUGUCACACCUUCAAUCUCUUGAUGUAACCGAAAAUAAGUUAACGGUACUUCCCCAGUCACUUUGGAAGCUUGAAGGACUGAAAACAUUUUCUUGUUCAUGGAAUAAGGUUGGCAGUCUUCCGGAAGAAAUCGGGAGACUGAGGUCACUUACUACUCUACGUUUAACAAACAACAAACUUUCCACUCUUCCUCGCUCUUUUACAAAUCUAACUGAUUUACUGCUUCUACAACUUGACGGAAACUUUUUUGACCAUAUCCCUUUGCAAAUUUUUGAUUGUAUCUCAUUGUUGGAACUAAGUGUGUCUCACAACACAAUAAGAGGUAGUAUUCCUUCUAAAAUAUGUUCGUUGGUUUACUUGCGUACUUUGAAUUUAGCAUAUAACAGAAUAACCGAACUUCCAGCAGAAAUGGAACUGUUGAACUCUUUGGAAUAUUUAGACGUCAGUGGUAAUCCAGUAAAACUCUCGUCAUUUUCCUUCGGAAAACUCAAUCGAAUCCAAAAUUUUUCUUCAUCAAAAUGUGGCUUGUCAUCUAUCCCGGAUGAUCUUAGUUUAUGUCCAAAUCUUGUUAUUCUUAAUCUUAGCGAAAACAGAAUAGGAAGACUAGCUACAGAAAGUCUCAGUUUCCCUCACUUAACUUCUUUGUGUCUAGCUUAUAAUAAUAUUUUCACCCUACCAUUUUCAGUCUGUGAACUGAACAACCUGGUGGUUUUAGAGUUACAAUUUAACAAAUUGAAUUCACUUCCAGAAGAUUUUGGGAGGUUAUCAUGCACACUUCGUCAAUUAAAUCUUGGUCAUAAUAAAUUUGAGGAUAUUCCCAUAUCCUUGUUUUGUAGAGGAAGCCGUUUGUCGUAUUUAUGUUUGGACGCUAAUCCCAUUUCCGAAGUUCCAAAUGAAAUAAGCAACCUGAAGGAACUUACUUAUUUAUCUAUAUCUAACUGCGCACGACUGCUGUCCUUGCCCGAAGGCUUAGGAUCAUGCAAUAAUCUCCGUACGCUCAAAGUUUCCAAGAACAAGUUAUCGUCUCUUCCAAAGACUUUAUCUAAUUUGGAAUCACUCAGGUACUUGAAUCUCUCAGAUAAUGACUUCGACCACUUUCCGUUGGUUGUUUGCCUAAUACCAAGACUUCGUGUGCUAUUUUACGAUCAAAAAGAAGGUAGACCACUGUUAUCUCCAGAAUCUCCCAAUGGGUGGUAUCAGAAAAGUUUACUACUGUAUCCUGAAAUGAAAGACUCAUUUGAUUCAAAUUAUGGAGGUAAUGUCAGAGAAAGUACGGAAGUGAUUUCAUCGAAAAAUGCUUUACUGAAUUCACAAGCAACCAAAGGUUUGCCACCAAUGAUUGGAAAUCUUUCACAUCUGACUCAUUUAUCUCUUCAGUCUAAUGGAUUGUAUAUGUUACCUGACGUAUUUCAUAAUAUGAUGUUACGGCGACUAAACGUGAGCCAUAAUCGUUUACGCUAUCUUCCUCCAAAUUUCCACAAGUCUAAGUGUUUGACGCAUUUGUACUUGCACAACAACAACAUUGAUCACUUAGAUCAAAGUAUUCGAAACCUGAGAACUCUAACCGUAUUGACUCUUGACCAGAAUCCACUAUUAUGCCCUCCAGUGGAAGUUGGUUCGGAAAAAGUAUUUUCGGUGUAUUCUUACUUACAGAAAUACAAAGAGUUUGAUGAAUUUGUAUUGAAGUCUCUAUGUGAAAUACUUAUAAAUGACUUUCCAAAAGAAAAUACACACAGUCUACUUCGGAAACUUGGUUUCUCUGAUAUUAUGAUUGAAUCCCUGGAAAAACGGUUUCCUGGAGGUCACAACCAUGUUAAACGUUUAAAAAUUGCCUUUGGAGCUUGGACUGGUUUUUCUUUCGAGUCUGAAGAUAAAGAUUUAAAUAUAAAGUCUAAAAUUCCAUAUUCUGGUCAACAGAUAACUGGUAACAAGGAUUUUAGCACAUCUGAUAUGCCUGCUGAGCUAGAUGAGAAAUUGAUACUUCAGGAUCAACCUCUGCAAUUUGAACCGCUCGGCAUAAAAGACUCUUUCAGCCCAACUGAUGAAAUGUUAUUGAACGAGUCAACUUCUAAUUUAAAUAUCAAUUCACACAGGCUUUUACAUAUUGUACAUUUACUUGGUUUAGAUGAGUUACAUUCAAAACUUAUGCAAUACUUUCUAAGUGUUCAGCGUAUACAAUUUUGAGCUGUUCAUUCAACCAGCUAAACUUAUAUUUACUUGACUGCUUCUGUUGUUUCAUUUUAAGAUAUCUUUUAAGAUAUCCUGUUUUCUUCUAGACGAUAUUUGCUAAAAUUCUAUUCUAC